CCACGAUUUAUAAUCGCAUCACCUGUGUUCCUCUCAAAACCUCAUUUGCUUUCUUCGCCUCUCUGCUUCCGACUCACCUCUGCAAAGAAGAUUCAACAGCGCCGCCACAACAUGCAGAACGAAGAAGGCCAGAUCACCGAGCUCUACAUUCCCAGGAAGUGUUCGGCCACAAACAGGUUGAUCACUGCAAAGGACCAUGCUUCCGUUCAGAUCAACAUUGGGCAUUUGGAUGAGAGUGGUGUCUACAAUGGACAGUUCUCUACCUAUGCUCUCUGUGGUUACAUUCGUGCUCAGGGGGAUGCUGACAGUGCUAUAGAUCGCCUGUGGCAGAAGAAGAAGGCUGAGAUUAAGCAACAGUAGACAUCAAAGAUAUUUUGUCAUGUUUUUAAGUUGUAUUGUUGUCAGGGAUCUUUGAGUAUUAUGAUCUACUUAUUGCAAUACUCAGUUUUGAACUUCCUUUGGUACCUUCAGCUAAAUUUGUUCUUUCACUGAUUGAUAGUUUAUUGAAAAACUUAUUUCAAUCGUA